GCCCUCCCGCGAGGGCGCCCCGGCACGGACGCCGCCGGCAGCCUGUCGGCGCCCGCCGCGCUCGUGGUCGCCGUCGCCGUCGCGGUGGUGGUGGUGUCGGCCGUCGCCUGGGCCAUGGCCAACUACAUCCACGUCCCGCCCGGCGCCCCCGAGGUGCCCAAGCUGGACGUGACGGUGCCCGACCAGGAGGAGCAGCGCUGCCGCGAGGGCGCCCUCCGCCUCCUGCGGCACCUGCGGCCGCACUGGGACCCCCAGGAGGUGACCCUGCAGCUCUUCACGGACGGGAUCACCAACAAGCUCAUCGGCUGUUAUGUGGGCAGCGCCAUGGAGGACGUGGUCCUGGUGCGCAUCUACGGCAACAAGACGGAGCUGCUGGUGGACCGCGACGAGGAGGUGAAGAGCUUCCGCGUGCUGCAGGCCCACGGCUGCGCGCCGCAGCUCUACUGCACCUUCAACAACGGGCUCUGCUACGAGUUCAUCCAGGGCGAGGCCCUGGACCCCCGGCACGUCUGCAACCCCGACAUCUUCAGGCUAAUAGCACGUCAGCUUGCUAAAAUCCACGCUAUCCACGCACACAAUGGUUGGAUCCCCAAAUCUAAUCUGUGGCUGAAAAUGGGAAAAUAUUUCUCUCUCAUUCCCACAGGAUUUACAGAUGAAGCCAUUAAUAAAAGGUUCCUAAGUGACAUACCAAGCUCUCAGAUUCUUCAGGAGGAGAUGACUUGGAUGAAAGAGUAUCUUUCCAAACUGGGCUCACCUGUUGUGCUUUGCCAUAAUGAUCUGUUGUGUAAGAAUAUAAUCUACAAUGGGAAACAAGGUGAUGUACAGUUUAUUGAUUAUGAGUAUUCUGGAUACAACUACCUGGCAUAUGAUAUUGGAAAUCAUUUCAAUGAAUUUGCAGGUGUCAGUGAGGUGGACUACGGCCUCUACCCGGGCCGGGAGCUGCAGCUGCAGUGGCUGCGCGCCUACCUCGAGGCCUACAACGGGUACAAGGGCUUCGGGUCGGAGGUCAGCGACAGGGAGGUGGAGGUGCUCUUCAUCCACGUCAACCGGUUCGCGUUGGCUUCUCAUUUCUUUUGGGGAUUGUGGGCUUUGAUUCAAGCCAAAUACUCCACUAUUGACUUUGAUUUCCUUGGGUAUGCUAUUGUUCGUUUUAACCAAUACUUUAAAAUGAAGCCUGAGGUUACUGCAUUAAAAGUGCCUGAGUAAAGAAGAACUUUAAUUAUUCCCAAGUAGCAGAACAAGGCUUGUGAAUUGUUUCUUAAGAAAUCCAAAAAGCCAAUAUUUGUUAAAAUUCUGUUAUUUGAUUUGGUUAUCUUGCUUUAAGAAUUAUGCCUCUAAACAGCCAGUCUCUUUCAGACAGACUGAGUCAUGUCAAGAAAUAGACUUAACUGCUAUCCAUACGUGGUGGAUUAGGAAUUUGUUAUAUCUGCAGAAAGGUAUAAAGAUGUCAGUUGAGUCCUUUAAUAAUUUAAUCUGUGUUAUAUGUGAAUUAUUUAUUAUAAAUCUAACAUGAUUCUG